UGCUGGGCGACUCUGUCUCUCAAACUCCGUCUCUGGCGUGUGAUACCUUUACCCCCGCGCAAUCGCAAAGCAGCCUACAAUUCUCGUCCUUACCCAGCCGAGAUGCCUUCCGAAAGCCUUCCGAGGGAUGACGAAGGGUCCGAAACACCAGUCUUGAAGAGGAGGAAAAUUGCGGCGUCUCCAUUGCUCGCGACCCCGGCCCGGGUUCUUAGUCAAAUACAAAAUGGUGACACCCUCGACACCGGGCGGGUGCUACAAGCGUUGUGCAACGCGGUGAUAUCUUCCAGUGUGGACGAGGACGAGGACCCGCACGCCCUCAAGCUGUUGGCCGAGCUGCUUGCCGAAGAUGGAGUCGACCCGAACGCCGGAGACGAAGCUCUGUGGGACAACUAUGGCGGCAGCCCUCUGUACCAGGCGUGCGCGCUGGACCUCCCUUUCACUGCGAAGGCCCUGCUGGACCACGGGGCGUCGGUGGUCCAGGUGUACAAGGGACAGACACCUCUACAGGCGGCGCUCGCCCAGAAAAAGUCCCGCUGCGUCAAGGUCAUCAUGGAACACAUUGAAAAGCUCGAGACACAAGCGCGUGAGGGGAGAGGAGGAAAAGGCCCCAGGCGCUCCAAUCACGGUAGCCAGUGCGAACGCUAGAUAGCAGCAGCCGGCGCACCGUAACUAAAUAAUGUCGUAAGUAAAGGCCUACCUGAUGAGGGGAGGUGUGGGGUGAAUAUGGAGGCACGUGUUGCUGUUGCUAGCGCAAGCUACACUAACCCUUACCCUACUCGUACUCAAGAGGGCGAGUGCUGGGGAGGCCUGAUUCUCUCUCGGUCGCUCGAGAUCAGGCCUGGCAUGGCAUGUAUUGAGUGGUUGCUGAGGCAAAAGCCAGUUGCUAUGGAAAACCCGUGUUGGGCGUGUGAGGAAGAGCUAACCCCUCCCCGGAUGCUCGUGAAGUGUGUCGCUGCACUUGGAAGUAAUUUCAAGGACGGAAGGACCUCGACCAACAAAACAAGCACGAUGUAUUGUAUCGAUGGAACCCUCGCGGAGCUGGUCCUGUUUUGUCCUGUUUUGGGCGGCUUGUCAAGCGAAUGAGUAAGUGCAUGUGUAGCCCACUCCGUGGUUGCUGUCGUACGUUGUACUUGAGUAGCAACAGCGGUGUGGUGUGCCUGCUUGAAACGUGGUGCCAAAACAAGUGGUCACUGCGUUUUUUUUUUUCAGUUUGGUUCUGGGAUGUACUUGUAUGUGCCGUAUCUGUGGUGGAUGUUCGUGCGUGUUGCGAUAACUAAAAAUAGUCUUGUUCUGGUUUUGAAACACCCAUCCACUUUCUGGCGACAAGUUUCCGAACCGUGUACUGAGUAGUGCGUAUGGCUGUUCCCUUUUUAUCGUCGUGUUUUGCGGUGGGCAUGCGUAAGUAAAUAUGCGCCCGCCGGACGAUGGGAGUGUAGCUAAUGGAGUGUAGCUUUGUUUGGCACCGGUGGAGAGCUAUUUCGUUUUUUUGGCCAAGAGUUUUGAGAUGCCGUUUUCCAGAGGAGGCUACACCAUUUCGGCAGGUCAGGACUUCGCUUUCUGAAACAUGUUGUCCGGUAGUGUUUGUUCUUCUUUUGCUUUCCACCAGACCAAUAUGAAUUGGCUGGUGUUUGAUGUAUAGAGGUGAUAUACAAAUAUAACAUUGCAUUUUGAUGGCGUUCUCUCAGGAAAAAUGAGAAAAGAGUGUCCUGGCUCGAGUUCGUGCGGCCGUUGACGCCCAGUGCGACAGGGGCAGGAGUAGACCACAUGUGUCGAUAUCACUCAAAUUGUUCAAUUGCAUGGUGGGCGUGAAGUUAAGAUGCCACGUUGACUUUAGUCGACAUGUUGCCGUGACUAGUGUGGUGCUAUGCUGCUGUGGUAAAAAUCAUUCACCUAACAGGCGUCUCAGUGCGAAGUCGUGCGCUUCGCGGUAGCGCUAACAAACACUAUGAGUGCGUCCAGCGGGAGAUGUGCGAAUUGCUAUCUACAGCAGUAGGUGCUCCUGGUGCUGCGAAGGGAAGCACCAGGAUAAGGAGGCGGUUUUCGGCUACAAGUGCCACGCCGUCUACUAGUGUAUGAAUCCCAAACGCAUUGCGGUACUGCAGACAUGACUUUGCGGCACAGUAGGCAUCGUCCGUUUCCACAGGUUUUGGAACUGCAGCGCUUGCAAUCACAAUUACCAACUCAUGGCUAAGCGAACGUCGAGCUGGCUCCAAACCUAUGCGUGGGGCUGCGACACGCGGCCUCUAAAAUCGCAUGAGGCGUUGGACAAUCGCGUUGUGCGCAUUCCCACUACCAGACGAAACGCGAUCCAAGAAUCAAGCACGGCAUGGUCCAUACGUACUGCAAGCGCAAGAUGAAAACCUUCCGCGCCACCACCAACUCCACCUAUUGUAAUCACUGCGCACACGCAAGGGCGUUUCUAUUCUCGGGAGGUACAUCCCAACUGAACUGCCACUACAUGUAUUAAAUCUAUGUUGCGGUGGUUGCCUUGGUCGACUCCGCCUCCUCCAUGGACUUGACGAAUCGUUCGAAAGGGUUCGCGUAGAAGCGAGUCCCUUCCACGCUCUCGUCCCGGCACAGCAACCCUGCCGUCUCCGCCGUGCGCAGGUGCUCCACCGCCAGCGUCACCGACACCCGCAAGUCCCUGGCCACCUGGGUCGCCACAAGGCC